GAUUGUUGCCGUCUAUCGAUCCGCACCUACUCACACAUACGCGCGCGAGAGAGAGAGAGAGAGUACACCUACACACACCGAUACAAAAAAGGUUAACAGGGAAAAUACGAAAGACAGCCAAAGGAAGCAAAAUGGAAGACACGAACCUCAGCUUCAAGAUCGUCCUUAUCGGUGAUAGCGGCGUCGGUAAGUCGAACCUCAUGACCCGCUACACGACGAACGAGUUCAGCCAGGACACCCCCUCCACGAUCGGCGUGGAGUUCAUGACGAAGAGCGUGAAGAUCGAAGGCCGCGACGCGAAGAUUCAGAUCUGGGACACGGCAGGGCAGGAGCGCUUCCGCGCCAUCUCGCGCUCCAUAUACCACGGCGCCAAGGGUGCAAUGCUCGUGUAUGACAUCACGAACCAAACCUCGUUUGACUCCAUCCCGACCUGGCUGCAGGAGCUGCGGGUCUUUGUGCCGGCCACGUGCUGCAUCUUUCUCAUUGGCAACAAGUGCGAUCUCGAGCACCUGCGGGUCGUGAAGAAAGAGACGGCGGAUCGCUUCGCCCGCGAGAACGGCCUCUCCUUUCUCGAGACCUCCGCGCUGGAGAAGACAAACGUAGACAAGGCCUUCGAGUGGUUGGCGAAGUCGGUGUACGACGUCGUCGUGACGCCGCAGGUGCGCAGCGAUGCUGGGCCGAAGCCGAAGGCGUCGAUCGUGCCGGGUCAGACACCGCAGGAGGCGAAGCCGAAGAGCGGCGGCUGCUGCUGA